UGGUCUACCUAGCAAAGAUGGCGAGCGGGGGAUCCUCCACGGCGUCGCUGUGGACCGAAGUGAACCGCUGCGGGCAGAGUGGAGACUACACGAGAGCCUUAAAGGCGCUUAGUAAAAUUUUGCAAGAAAACAGAGAUGAUGUGACAGCCCUCCACUGUAAAACAGUUUGCUUUGUCCAGAAUGGCAACUUCAAGGAGGCUUUAAAUCUCAUGAACACUCAUUCAAAGGUCCUUGGCAGCGAGCUUGUGUUUGAAAAAGCGUACUGCGAGUAUCGCCUAAACAGAGUGGAUAGUUCUCUAAAGACCAUCGAAAAUGCCACUGAGCAGACAGACAAGCUGAGGGAGCUCUACGGACAAGUGUUGUACAGACUAGAGCGUUACGACGAAUGCAAGUCCGUCUACAAGGAUCUUAUCAGAAACUCUCAGGAUGAGUACGAAGAGGAGCGAAAGACCAACCUGGCAGCUGUCGUUGCUGCCACGAGUCAGUGGGGGAAUACCCCGUUGGAAGAGCUCGGCCUUCCCGACUCGACGUACGAGCUGUGCUACAACACCGCCUGCAGUCUGAUAGGCCAGUUUAAGCUGACAGAAGCAUACAACAAGCUGCAAAAAGCUGAAGAGCUGUGCAGAAUUUCCCUGGCAGAUGAUACUGACAUCACUGAGGAGGAUAUCGAGUCGGAGCUGGCCGUCAUCCAUUCUCAGAUGGCGUACGUGAUGCAGUUACAAGGUCGGACAGAGGAGGCGCUUCAGCUCUACAAUCAGGUCAUCAAGCUCAAGCCGUCUGAUGUGGGCCUGCUGGCUGUGACCGCCAACAACAUCAUCACGUUAAACAAGGACCAAAACGUGUUUGACUCCAAGAAAAAGUUGAAGCUGACAAACGCAGAAGGUGUGGAGUUCAAGCUGGCCAAAAAGCAGCUGCAGGCCAUCGACUUCAACAAAUCCCUGCUGGCCAUGUACACCAACCAGGCCGACCAGUGCAGGAAGCUGUCGUCCAGUCUUCAGUCCCAGAACCCCGGUCACCCGCGCCCAGUCCUGAUCCAGGUGGCUCAAUUGUGCAGGGAGAAGCAGCACAGCAAGGCCGUGGAGUUGCUGCAGCAAUUUUCCGGCCAGCAUCCAGAGAGCGCAUCAGAGAUCAAACUGACGAUGGCACAGUUGUAUUUAGUUCAAGGUCACGUCACCAAAGCCUGCGAUGUUCUGAUGUCCAUUGAAGAGUUCAAGUACAAGUCAGGCAUGGUGUCAGCGCUGGUGACCAUGUACUCCCACGAGGAAGAUAUAGACGGCGCUAUUGACGUUUUUAGACGAGCUAUUCAGCACUUCCAGUCUGAACAGCCUGGAUCCGAGGCCCAUUUGGCUCUUGUGCGAGAAGCCGCCAAUUUCAAACUGAAACACGGUCGGAAAAAGGAAGCAAUUAGUGACCUGGAGCAACUGUGGAAGCAAAACCCAAAAGACACUCACACUCUUGCGCAGCUCAUCUCCGCCUACUCGCUGGUGGACACGGAUAAAGCCAAAUCCCUGAGCAAGCACCUGCCGUCGGCGGACACCAUGUCCUUCAAGGUGGACGUGGACGCGCUGGAGAACUCCCCUGGAGCCACGUAUGUCAGGAAAAAGGCAGGGAAAGUGGUGGGGGAGGUCCUUCCUAAAGAAGAAGGCCAAGGGGAUAUGAAGAAGAAGAGGAAGAAGAAGAAAGGUGUGUUUUUUUUUUUUUGGUUAACGCUUUGCUCGAGUCUCGUUGUUGGAACCCUCUUUCUCCUCCUCUCUCCAGGUAAAUUACCAAAGAACUGCGACCCCAAAGCGACCCCUGACCCCGAGAGGUGGCUGCCCAUGAGGGAGCGCACCUACUACCGUGGCAAGAAGAAGGGGAAGAAGAAGGAGCAAAUCGGAAAAGGCACACAGGGGGCGAUGACGGGCGCUUCAGCCGAGCUGGAUGUUAGUAAGACCGCCAGCAGUCCCCCUACCUCCCCGAGACCGGGCUCUGCAGCCGGCCCGGGCCCCACCAACGUAGUCCCUCCACGACAGCAAAAACCGGCGUCCUCGGGGGCCACUCGCAAGAAGGCACCACAGAAGAAGAAAAAGGGUGGCAAAGGAGGUUGGUAACCCUGAUAGGGAGUAAAGGAAGGACCAUGCAAUGCAAAGUUUUUUUGUUUUUCGGGUCCCACUUUUUUUCAUUUCCAGUCCAAACCUUCAACUCUUUUGUCUUAUUUUGAUAGCACAGGGAGUGGCAUCAAAGGACCCUCAAACGCAUACUUUAUUUUUGUUUAAGUUGUGACCUACAAUACACGAAAUACAUUUUAAUUAAAAAGUAUGAAACUAAA